GCUCAGUGUUCGAUGCGACUCCGUGACAGUGGUACACGUUCUGGCGGGGUGUCUGGCUGGCUGUUUUUCGUGACCGCGUCGUGUACCAUAGAACGCGUACGCGAGGUGUCGAGUACAACUCGAGUUACUCUAAUUGUCCCGCGUGUACCCGGUGAGAAGAACACAAUCGACUCCGUGUCCUCUUGGGGUUUCGCCGUUCCCUGUGACGACCUACCGUUUCGCGAGGACACACGCAUUGCUUAGGCUCUCUUAGUACCGAAAAGGGAGGAGGACCAGACAGCGAGAGGGAGAAGGACAGGGCAGCUACAGAGAGAAAGAGAGGAAGAGAGAAAGAAGAAAAGGGUGAAGGGCAGCGCAGGGACUGUGGAGAAAGGAACGACUAAAGGAUUAUAUAUUCGAGCAACAUGGCCACUGCGAUCGACGACCGGCAGGAGUUGCUGGAACAAUUUCAGGCGAUCGAUGAAAAUGGGGACGGUUUCAUCAACCUUACCGAGCUGCGCAGCGCCUUGGACAUUUGCGGGUUCAAGAUGCCCGGCUACAAAGUGCGCCAGAUGAUCGAAGAAUACGACGACAAGCAAAGAUCUGAGCACAAGGGCAGGCUGUCGUUCGAGGAGUUCGAAAAGCUAUGCAAAGAGCUGAAAGCGAACGAGCUUGGGUCCACGUUCAAGCAGGUCGUGUCCAAGAAGGAGAACCUUGAGACCUUGGGCGGCAUCUCCGAGGCGUCCAGCGAAGGCACCACGCACUCGGUCCGUUUGGAGGAACAGUUAGCUUUCAGCGAUUGGAUCAACACGAAUCUGUCACACGAUCCUGAUCUGAAACACCUGCUGCCCAUCGAUCCGGAAGGGAAGGCCCUCUACGAGAAGGUCAAGGAUGGAAUUCUUCUUUGUAAAAUAAUCAAUCAUUCCUGCCCGGACACGAUCGACGAACGAACGAUCAAUAAGAAGAACCUGACGCUGUACAAGAAGCAUGAGAACCUAACCCUGGCACUAUCUUCCGCCCAAUCAAUCGGCUGCAACAUUGUCAACAUCGACGCACACGAUCUCACCAAAGGAUCCCCUCACCUGGUCCUUGGUUUGCUAUGGCAAAUCAUCAGGAUCGGUUUGUUCAAUCAGAUCACAUUGGAGAACUGUCCAGGCCUAGCUACUCUUCUGCAAGACGGUGAGCGUAUCGAGGAUCUACUAAAACUUUCCCCUGAAUCUAUCCUGCUAAGAUGGGUGAAUCAUCAUCUGGAGAAUGCCGGAAUCGCUAGACGUUGCAACAACUUCCAAGCGGACAUCACCGAUUCGGAGAUCUACACUUACUUGAUCAAGCAAAUCGCGCCGAACAGCGCUGGCGUCACUCUAGAAGCUUUGAUGGAACCAAAUCAUACGUCUCGUGCUGAAAUAAUGUUACAACAAGCUGCGAAACUGGGCUGCCGUAGCUUCGUGACACCCAGUGACGUUGUGAACGGUAUUUACAAGCUAAAUCUCGCGUUCGUCGCGAACAUGUUUAACAACUAUCCGGGACUGGACAAGCCGGAAAGCAACAUAGAGGGGCUGGAAUCGUUGGAGGAGAACAGGGAGGAGAAGACCUAUCGUAACUGGAUGAACUCUAUGGGUGUGGUACCGUACGUGAACUGGCUGUAUUCCGACCUAGCUGAUGGUCUGGUUAUCUUCCAGCUAUACGACAUUAUCAAACCCGGCACUGUGAACUGGAACCGCGUCCAUAAGAAGUUCACCAAGCUGCGAAAGUUCAUGGAGAAAUUGGAGAACUGCAACUAUGCAGUGGAGCUAGGCAAGACGAUGAACUUCUCGUUGGUCGGAAUCGCUGGUCAAGACAUCAACGAUGGGAAUACUACACUUACGCUGGCCUUGAUCUGGCAGCUGAUGAGAUCGUACACGUUGUCGAUUUUAACGUCGCUGGCUGGCACUCAAGGUAGCACCUUAGUCGAGAAAGAGAUCGUGCAGUGGGUGAAUUCAAAGCUGCAGGGGGCGGGCAAGACGAGCAGCAUCAAAGGCUUCCAGGAUUCUUCGAUAUCUGACGGGAAGGUGGUGAUCGAUUUGAUCGACGCCAUCAAACCUGGGACCGUCAAUUACGAUCUCGUCAAGGAAGGAGGCACUGAAGAGGAGAACCUGGACAACGCGAAGUACGCGAUAUCCUUGGCCCGGAAAUGCGGCGCGCGGGUUUACGCGCUACCGGAGGACAUCACCGAGGUGAAACCGAAGAUGGUGAUGACGGUGUUCGCCUGCCUAAUGGCUAUGGACUACAUCCCGAAUAUGGAUUCCGUGAAACAACAGAACAACAUCAACAACGGCCAAUAAUGUCGCGCCAUUUUGUUGGCCGCGUGCCGCCAUUUCGGCGCAACAGAACUGUCGACUGAGCCGCGGUUCCGGACCGUAGCUCUUCUGCGAACGUAAUGAUUGUAUAUACCUUAGGUUAGGAUAGCUUGUUUUUCCGAAAUGAAAUCAGGUGGAGAGAACGAAAGAGACAGCAAAAGGAGGAGGGGGAGAGAACAAAAAGAAAAUUAAAAAAGCGAGAAAACACAGAAGGAGACGUCCAGUCAUGGAACGGAUCACGGCUAUCCAGCGGGACAUCCGUCAUUUUGUCGGGCGUCCUUCGAUGAAGCUCAUGAUUUAAUCGUUUCUCGUUUCUUUUUCUUUAAGUUCUUCCAUAGGCCAGAAAGCUAGGGAACACAUGAUACGCACAUAAACAUCCUGCGUAGGAUUUGCUAGCGACCUUCGUGCAUGAGUCGUUUGUAUGAUGGUUUUUAAAAACCGGAAGGAAGGAUCGAUGAGUGUCGCACUUUUACGUUUAUUAACGUUUCCGUCGCGAUGAUCUCGAUGAGAGGAUGCGGUCGACGCGUGUGGUUGACCAGUUGCGUUUCUUUUGCACCUUUUGCGUGAUCAGUGAUUCUCCAAAGUUUUCGGAAUCAUAUCCUUGUCUCGCUCUCCCUCGCGUGACUAUAGACUUGUAUAAAAACAAUUUUCUAACAACCUUCCUGUCGAUAGCAGAUAUUUGGUCUUGCUAUGGUUUCCCGUUCAUGUAUGCGUUCGAUGUAACAUCGAGGAACAGGAAAAAGUAGGAAUAUUCAUAACAAUUUAGUUGUUACGUGAAACAUGAUCCACCUUGUCAAUUUCAGUGACCUUGAUGUAUUUUGUCAAGGUCAAUGAUAUGAAUAAUUAUGUGCGUUGUUAUUUUUCAAAAGUACAGAAAAGGAAAUAAAUCAGAAAAAAUUGGAGAGCGAUUGGACAAGUUCGAAAAGCUGGAACCGAUUAUUAUUGGGCCUAAGGGGAUCCAAAAACCGUAACCGGUUUAAGAAAGAAUAAUAAUAGUCAAUGAUGAUCGAACCGAUAUUUACGUUAUCCAGAUAUUGGAAGCAAAUCGAUGAAUAAAUAGAAUAGUCUGCGACGCCGCAGUGCUCAGUUGUUACAUGAAUGCACGCCGAUUGCAGGGUAUCUCGCAUCAUAUCUGUAAGUGUUCGUCGAAGUGAUGUAAGUCACAUUUCGCGAAAAAGUGAAUGGCAUUGAAGGAGAAUAACAGAGAAAAGUGCAGAAAAGGAUUUCAGUAAAUAUCGAAGUCAAUAAUUAUGAAUUGGUAGCAUAGAAUCGUAAGAGAAAUAUGAGAAUAUUUAUUCUUAAAUUGACUUAAUCACAUUAAUGAAAAUCAAAACGUUUCACCUAGACAGCAUAUCGGAUGAAUUAUUUGUAUAGGGCGGAGCCUAUACAUUUUUCAAUGCAUGAAAUCAUUAAAAACAGUUAUUCCGCUUGGAACCGGCGAAAGAAGCGAAGGAAGUCCACCAUAUUUAACGAACUUCCGCGAAUGUAAUAUUAUUCGUGCCAUUAAGCACUGAGUACUAAAGUACGCUCAUUAGUGAGUCAAACAGGUAUCAUGGAUAAUAAGUAACCAACGUGAGUCACGAAACUCAACCGGCAUUCGAUGAAAAUCGAUCGGAGGCGUAAUUAACUUGAAAGGAACUAACUAUUAUUCACGUAUACCGGAUAUACGUGGCUUUCAAACUGUCGAUUAUAUAUAUAUAUUAUACAUAUAUAUACAUAUAAAAAACUUAUUUUUUCUUCUCUAUUAAUUUUUCUUUAGAGUUUUUUAUUUUUUGAGUUUUAGUAAAAUGAUAUAAGGAACAGAGUAUUCUCUGAUCUCAUGUCUGAAUUUAAGAAGCAGGUUUUGAGGAUUUAUGUGGGUGUGCAUAGUUAUUGAUUGUAAAAAUUUGGGCUCUUGGGUCUCAGCUAGGUCUGCUACAUGGAUGCUGUUUUAUAUUAAAUUUUGGGGUAUUGUCUAUACGGCUCAUAUCGUAUGGACUCUUAUGUUGUGUUUUUGAGCUGUUGUAAGAUGUUAUAUUUCUUCAAGUGUGAUACACUCUGCGAACUUGUAUAGCAUGAAACAUGUUAUUACAUCCAUGAUUGACGCUAUGAUGGGCCUUACAUGUGUAGUGUAUGAUCUCCAUAGAGCAACAAAUGUUCGAGUGGCCCAAUGCCUCCGUAUCAAUUGUGCAGCAUGGGCAAACCAUGCAGCCCACCAUAAGUGUCUGCAUGGUCAUCCCACGCACAUACACUCUAACUUAAGUCCCUUCGCUCGUGCUCUUGUUGGGAUGCUGGUCUUCUACCUCGUCGACGUAGCGUCAUUCUUGACAGCACGAUGAGCUAAUGGAAGCUAAACGUCAUCGUAAUUUUAUCAAUUAUCUGAAGCAUUAUUGCACUAAAACAGAUUGGCACAAUUGGGUAAGAUUCUGCAUUUUCUCGUACAAUACCUCAGUACAUGGGGCCACAGGUUUCACACCACACGGGUUAGUUUUCGGAGUCAAAGCGGCUAUACCAUCGGAAUUUGCCAAGGAACAGGCACCCUAAACAUUCGCAUAACAUCUCGACGAACUCUUCGUUAAAAUCACCACCAUCCAGACUAUUGCAGCAUAGAAUCUAAACAGAGCGAAACAAAAGAGUAAAAAUUACUACGGCCGAACAUUCAACUCACGUGAAUUUAAUUUAAAUGACAUUGUAUACCUACUGAAGGAACCCAAGACCUCAAAAUUUGAUUGCGAUUGGCUAGGUUCCUACAGAGUAAACCAGAUGUUUAAUGAUUUAACAGCGGAAUUAGCUUUGGGAAAAGGUAAAUUCAAAAUAAUACAGUAAUAAACUUAAACUGGCACACAUAAGAUCGGAUGAUCUUACUGAAUAGGAAGAUUAGAUUAACAAAUGUGCGCUAGCGGCAUCGCCGAUGUUGCAUACUUCUGCCUGUACUAUAUUUAUAGAGUAAACAGUGUUUGUAAGAAUCGUUUUAUGUACCGAUAACAUCGUAUGUGAAUUAAUCAUAAGAUGUACUAUGGGAUGCCGAACAAAAUAUUAUGGCGUAUGACGCACGAACGUUAGAAAUUAUUAGAAUGAGACUCACCUUUGCCUAUCUAGGCGCACCAAUGCGAGCGAAAAAGCUGUUUCAUGUAAACACUUUUUUGUGUGAGGGGGAAGGUGUAACGCUAUCGCGUGUAUUGGAUAGGUACGGUACGACGGUAACGCCGGGCGAAGAAAGCUAUAGUUGUGUUCCAUGGUCGAAGCUCAUAAAUUGAGAGGGAAGUACGAACGGUUUAGCGAGAACAUUAUAGACACAGUAUCGUAAAACACUCAACGCGGACGGCCGAGCUGAGAGGAAGUUGGAAACCAGAGAAUUAUUAUUUUCAGCUAGAAUCAUCUUUGGUUCUCACUUCGGCAAAUUCGAUACAUUGUAAGGGGUCAUAAAUUCUUUUCAAAAGGUUAAUACGUGUUACAUUCGGUCCUCACUUCGGCGAAUUCGAUACAUUGUUAUCUGUCGACGCGUUCGCUUUUAUGAGAACAUUGUGUGUUUCUCUGGGUCCCGCGUUUUCUCCAGCAUAUGCGCAUGGAAUCGUUCCCGCGCAUUAACCAGAUCUCCUCUGCCAUUGAGCCAAGGAGACUCGGAAGGAGAAAACAGGACCAAGGAAGAGGGAAUGCGAGCCGGCAACGAACGAGAUUUACAACGCAAACAUCAGAACAUUUUCAAACCUCGAACGUUUAACUAAACUCAGAAAUAAGACAGAAGUCAAAAUUUCCACAACCAAAAGUAUAAGGUUUAUUUCACGAGCCACGAGCAGAGUAUCUUAGUACUCUACGGGCACCUUACCCACGUAAAGUUCCCUAAAUUUUCCCUAACCGCGAACGGCGUAACGCACACAUGCAUUAACUUCACAUAUAUUUGGAAUAUUCUAGAUUCAUAAAAAAAUGAACAUUAUUAACAUAUAGAGAAAAUCACUAUAAUCUAGAAUAUUCCAACGCUUUGAACAUUCAUUCAAAACGCGCUUGCACACACAGUCGCGUCAUUCAUCUAUUGCACAGGCUCAAAUACAUCCAUUCCCACAUAUAUAUACACAGGUAUCUAUAGUAGUAAAUCCUUUAUUUCUUUUAACUUUCGGCCUUUGAAAGGGGGAUUACAGUAAUAUCAGAAGAAGAUAUAAAUUAUUAAAAAAUAAUCGUUUUUACUGCAUCCUCUAUCUUUACUAAAAACAAUUAUGAUAUCAUAUCCCAUCCCAAAUGUAACUCAUAAAAGCUGUGGAUAAUAGUGUCAACAAAAGCCAAAAAUUGCGGGAUUAAAAGCAGUCCAAGAAUCAAUUAGAAUUGAAGAUUGUUGUUAAGCCAAUAAUGUCUUGAUUUCAUUUACGUACGAUAGUUUUAUUCGCCAAACCGUUGUUAUAUUUUUAUAGUUUCAAAAAGUUUGUCAGAUUCCAGAAAUUCGGAUACCAAACAUAUGAUGAUAAAGCACGACCAAAAUCACGCAUGCAAAGUUUGCGAGAGUGGGAGACACUGCAGCAACCACAACAUUCAGGAAUGAGGUUGCACGAGCGAUAGCUGCACGGUGGUAUGCACGAUUGCGAUACGGUUGAAUCUCAGUAACGUAGGCUAUAUUUAAUUUCAAAUGAAUAAUUUAAUUGUUCCUUAUUCAGGUUUGCUUUGCAACGUUGUGCUUGGCUUCAAGCUGGCAACUGGUUGCAAGCUGCAACUUUAAUAUUGGCGUAUCCAAACAUAGAACAUCUGAUGAUCUAGAAUAAAAAUAAUAUUAAAAAAAUGUUCAAAAGUAAGAACCAACUCAUUAAUGGCUCCAGUUACAGAUAUUCAAUUAGUAAUUCGAUAUUGCAUGCCUGUCGACGAUGGCGUCACAUAACAUUUGAUUUAUAUUCGCAUCACGUAAAUCCUGAACAACAUCACAUAACGACGUGUAAUACUCUUCUUCGUGUUGCUAAUUCGACACAUUCUUUCGUCCAAAUUUUGAAACUAAUUGCAAAAUACUAGGAAUAAAUUUCUACUCGUUAUUAACCGAUGACAAAAAUUUCAAACAGAAAUGUUGAUUUCUUCUGAUUCUUCUUUUCUCUUUGCCGGUUGCGAUUUACUUAUUAUCCUUGUUUUCCGAAGUUUUUCUAAAAAUUCUUUUUCCGGUCCAAUCUUUCUUUCUAUUCUCUUGUUUUGUCUGUAACAAUUCCGUUUCAGAACUAAAAUUUUCUGUUCUAUCUCUUCCGCCGCGUAUGGUUUACCCUUUUUCCUUAAUUCUGUUAAAACACCCACAUUUUCUCGAUUAUUCGUUGUAUCGAUAAUGAGUUAUGUUUAUUAUUUCCUUUUCUGUUAGAUGGCACCACUUUGUUCUGCUUAUCAUUAUCUUUACGGAUUUAUUGAUCGCGAUCUAUAGAUCUCAUUUGUCACUUGUCAACUUCACCUGUCACUCAUUUUUCAAAAACUAUUUACCACUUGAUUAUCUCUUCACUUUUGGCUACAUUUAUUAUUUCUGGCUCCUCUUUUCUUCCUCUGCUUUUAAAAAACACCUGGUUUUCAUAUUUCUAAACGCCUUAUCACAUACGUGUCCACCACGUGUCCCCUUAUACAUAACACACACACACGCACACGCACACACACACACACACACACAAUAUUUACAUUUUUAAAUCGGAUAUAUAUAAAAACUUGAGAUAUAUACAUGUAUAUGGUACUAUGGAUUGUCAUAAUUUUUACAGUGGCAAUAUCUUUAAUUAAUCAAUUAAUCCAUUGGGUUAAGCAAAUACGACGUUAAUAUUUGUAAACGCGUUUAAUUAAUUGCUCAUGAGGCUUUUGCCUGGUUAUCACGUGAAUGUUCGUCUUUAAAGUCAUCGUGUUUUUCUACUCUUUUUAUCGAAAUUUCGAGCAACGUGUUGCAGACGAACAGUUUUAACUGUUGUAUUUUAUAUCGAUUUGAAUAUGGAAUUUUUAAUCGUUCUUUAAGUGACACAGUGGUCGCAAAUGAUUUCGAUUUUUUUAUACUGUUGGUUGGGGGAUAGCGUCGUUUUCGAUGAGCGCCGACGAUAGCAAUUUUAUACCACGAAAUCGUCAUCAUGUCAAAAAAACUGAUCGUGUUAGUGAAGUCAAACGCGAUGUGUAAAAUAUUUCAUUUCAACUUUAACAACGUGACGUCACAUUUGCUGUAUUCAAAUGAAAUAUAUAAGUGCAAUUAUAUCUAACGAAUUUAAUCAUGAACUCCGUAACGAAACACGUCGACCAUGUUUUAUAAAUUUUUAUAAAUUUUUAUGAUGGCGGUGGAACGGAAACCGCCGUUAAAAGUCUGUAACAAGAAACAAAUAGACUGCAUCACAUUUUUCAUUUAUUCGUCGAAAAGUAAAACAAUUUUUACCUACAUGUUACACUACCGAUCGACGUUACCCUCCAAUCGAUUCGAUACACUGAAUCUGUGGCUUGCCGAACCGGCACACAGUAACGUCGAUUUAUUUCACAUUGAACCUCGAUGGGGCAAGCAAUUACGAAACCUAACGCACAAUAACGAUCAUUGUAAUCGUGCCAUUAUAAUUAUCAAGCGCAAUCACGAUUGCGAUGUUAACCGACUGAAGAUUCAACGAUUGGAACGGAACGAUGUACUUACGUAUCUAAAGUAUACGUCGGAACGCGAAUGGACACGUCGCGAAUUCAUUCGUUGACUUUCCGCGAGCGGAAGAACGCUGGUUCCUUUGAAUCGCGGGCGUAACCGGAAGUGCGAGUUACUUCGAGUGAGCGAGGCGUUUAACGACGCAAAACGUGAUAAAUAAUCGCGUGACCGACUGAAUAUACUGUUAAACGCGUUCUUUUUUAUGGUAUCAUCAGCUGAAUAAUUGAAACGCAUUGUCGGCAUGAGAUCACAGUGAAACGAUGAGCGAUGGAAAGUCGCAAUGUCACGAGGAGAUCGUUCGUCUGUGGCGGGACUUACUUCAACAUUUGUUCCUAAAAUCGAGCAAGCAUUCGGGAAUAUUCGGCGAAUAAAGUGUCUUUAAAAUCGAAUAAAUGAAUGCUCGUUUAGAUUUCGAUUUUAUCUAAGCGAGUGAACGAUCGGUGUAAACGCGCCAGUAGAAAAUGUCGGAAUGACCAUACAUUUCGACGAGAAGAGAAACGAAGUAACCGUGAACUGGUCGAAAUCGCGACGAGUUGUCGAAAAACUCGACGAACUUGGAAUUUGAAUCGAGAAACUCGAUGUUUGAUACAGGGAAACUCGUUGGAGCUCGAAUCGACGAGCUUGAAAUUUCGAAUUCGAAACGAGACUUUAAGAAUCGAGAGGAAUUCGUUCGACGCCGACCGGGCGCUGGGUUGUUUGAGUAGAUUGAGUAGAUAGAGAAUUCGUUUAGCUUCAGUUAUAACUCACAAUGUGCUAAAACAAUCCGAGAAUUAAACAUUUGCGCCCGGUUCGCUUGGGAUCUUCAAAUAUCGAUUUGAUUAGAAGAAUUUAAACGAUUAUUCGAAGAAGAAUCCUUGAGCUGUGCGAUUUUUCGUGUACUUGAAUACUUGCCUCGAUUUCCGAACGACGUAAGUCCUCGAGUACUCGGCAUCAAAGAAGUACUCGAGCAUUUCGCUCGAUUGAAAAAGAUAGAAGUAUUCGGAUUUCGAUGCACGAAUCGACUGUAUUAUCUAGCUUUUAGUUAAAUACGAAUGCUUCAAUGAACGAAAGAAAUACAAGUAAACGAUUAAAAAUAAUUACAAAAGAAAAUACAUUUCGAGAGUAUGGAACAAUUGGAUUAUCAAGCUAUUCGCUCGGGUACUCAUUGUAACCCAAGUAUUCGCGUAUCCAGACAGCUCUGGUAUUAUUAGGCUGCAUUUUCGAGAGCGAGUUUUAGUGCACAUUUAUGGUGACUAAUAUUCGAUGUACGUCUCAACUAAAAUUAAGACUAAAUCGUUAAUCAAUGGAUAAGCUGUGAGAGAAUUAAGUCGUAUCGUCGGACGUAGUUAAGACACGUACGGAAGUGCAAUCCAUCGAAACAUAUUUCAAGCGUUCGAGUAGAAUGAUGAAAUGGAAAGACAUUUUUCUAACGAUUCUUUCCAUUUUUUUCAUGUAGUUUGAACAGCCGAACCAUUAUCCAUUCCACGGGCCGAUAAUUGCGGUUUGUACCGAGUUGCAUUUCAUACUUAUUAAUAUCAGGACCACGAGGUUGCAUACCGGGUGUCCUGAAUCGAGGGGAUCGGAUUCGAACGUUUAACUCUUUUAAUUCCUUGCCGGGUUUGAAUUUGUGUUUGGUCAAUAGUGCUGUGCAAGAUAUUCCGAUCGAGCUAUGGAAGUAAGAGAUAAUAACGUUUCUCCGAACACGCUUCACAUAUGAUACUUGUACGUUCAUUUAAUACUUAACGCGCAUUCCUCGGAUUUCAAUUAAAUAAAUUAGUAUCGGGUUGGCCGGAAAGUUUUCUAGCCCUUUGUCAGCGUGGAACUUUCUUCGAGAACAUGGUUAGGGGAUAACUUAAAAAGAUGACACACAGUUGUCAAUCAAAAAGGGCAAUACAUAGUUUAACGAAUUCUCGCGUGAACUUCCAUAAAACUGCGGUCGUAAAACUUCCUCGCCAAUCCUAUCCACGCUUUUCACGAUGCUUUAAUAUGAUACCACGUGUAAAUUAAGCACUCGGUAUGUUUAAGUACUCGAUAAUCGAUGGUUCAAAUAAUUUUAUUGAAUAUUAGAGAAUUUUUUGUAAUGUAGAAAAUAAACAAAACAUUGGAAUUACAAUAGCAUUCUUUGUAACAGCGUGAAAGAAGAAACGAACUUUCCUAACUUAACUGUCAAUUAAUAUUCAAUAUGAUAUCCAAUAUCCCAAUACAUGCACGGUUAAAUACGUAUUUCCCUUUAACUCGCGUCUCGCGUAUCGCAGAUGUUCAUGGAAAUACAGAUUUUCAGGGAACAAUUGAUAAAAAUUAGAAUGAAAUAAAAGCUUAGUUCCCGUAGUAGGUCGUCAGGUCUACGUAAAAUCAAAAUUCCUUAUUAAUAUUAAACUUUUUAUCACGUCACGUUCAGCAUCUCUACGAGACAUUUUCUAGAAUUAUACACUAGUAUUGUUUAAAUAUUACGCGGAUCUCGGAAACUGACGCCACGCCGUUGAAAGAGUUAAACGUCGAAAAUGGCAUUCGCUGAGUAUACCGAUUCAAAGCUUAUCGUCGCCGAGCGUCAAGCAGUGUAACACGUUUUACAUUUUACCGAGGGCCGGUUGCAAUCUGCACACUUAGAUGUAAGGUUUAGUCACGUGAAUAGGAGCCGCUUCAUUUCGUAAGGCAGAAUCGCUUCGGCGGUCAAUCCCGCGCCGAAAAUACACGGUUCUCUUCAUUUUCCAAUCGAAUUCGUCAAUCAAUCUGAAUCUUAAACGAUGAUCGCUGUAAAACUGUGAAACGCGCGCGUUCACGCGACACUCGGAGGAUGCGCGCCUGAACGCGCGCGGAUUGCCGUAGGUACAAUUUAUUGUAACCGUAAUUUAAAUAAAAAGAAAUUUAUCUAACAUUUGACACUACUUGAUUAGAUGACCAGCUUCUUCCUAGAAUCAGGGAUUCUUUUAGACAUUACUGAAAUAACGGUAAAUGAUUAUAGCAACCCUUACUUUCAACAUGAUCUUUAUCAUUAGCAUUAACAACGUAAUGAUUAUAACGUUCGAUGUUUGCUGUGUUAUUGAACUAUGAUUUCUCUAGAAUAAGUAAUAGUUUAUUUGAUUAGAAAAAUUAUCCUUUUAAAUGGAAUCACAUAUUUGUUCGAUAUUAUUAAAUCUCUUAGCUCGAGCAAAGUACAGCUAUUUCGAUGUUUACCUAAUUAUUUGAUAGUGAAGGAAACAUGAAGAUCAUAGCCCGAAUCGUAGAUGACUUUUUAAUUUUUAUUAUACUGUCAGAGGGAUACUUUACAUAGUUGAUACUUCCAACUACUUACAUACAUAACACGAAUCUACGAUCUCACGUGCGUGGACCAUGCUCUUCGUAACCGACCGAUGAAGAUGUAUCAAAAUUUAUUUCAUCGCAUUGAUUCUAUUUACGUUCGCAUUCACUUCGAUGUCUGUCCUCGACGCCUCCGUAAUAUCGGGCAGCUCUCGUUUAGCCGCACGAAUUUCUCGUAAGGUCACGCUCACGUAUUCCGAAAUCGCGACGAGAUUGUUCAUUCUGUCCGAGCCAAGGGUGCCAGUCCUCGACAGCGUCGAAGCGAACUGGAAGUCCGAUAUAAAAAUGCGGCUGGUCGAGC